GCUCGUGGAACACUCCACAAUCUUUUGAAUUUCACCAACAUGACCAUACUCCAAUUCAUCCCAAAUACUCUCCGCCAUCAAACACACCACCACUUGUCCCCCACCAAAAAAUCACUCUGCACCGCCACUACAAUGUCAUUUUCUUCAUCAAAAUCACCCCCUCCCACAAUACAAAACCAAGAAAACUCUUCUUUAAAUCAAGAAAAUGUUGAUACUAAAAAUUUAAUCACCCAAAUCAUAAAAUAUCAUAACCAAACCAAACACUUCUUUACCAAGUACUCUAGAGCCCCUCAUGGCCUUGACUGGGCUAACCAACCCGACCCGUUUCGCCGUUACAUUUCCUCACCUCUCCUUCCUCUUCUACACCCGACCCGACCCGAAUCACCCCUUUACUCAUCUCUCUUCCAUUCACUCCCUCCUUCAAAACCCAUCUCGAUAUCCAAUCUUUCUCAGUUUCUGUAUGACUCUUUGUCCCUUUCAGCUUGGAAAACUACCGGGUUUUCGAGCUGGUCACUUCGGGUCAACCCGAGCAGUGGGAAUUUACACCCGACUGAAGCUUAUAUCAUUUGCCCCCCUGUUGCAUCCUUGUCAAGUUCAUGUUUUGUUGCUCAUUAUGCACCAAAGUUGCAUUCUUUGGAGCUUAGGAGUGAAAUCCCAUCUGGGUUUUUCACCAAUUUUUUUCCAGAGGGUUGUUUUCUUGUUGGGUUAUCUUCCAUUUUUUGGCGGGAAGCUUGGAAAUAUGGGGAGAGGGGGUUUAGGUAUUGUAAUCAUGAUGUGGGUCAUGCUAUCGGGGCGGUUUCAAUGGCAGCUGCUGGACUUGGUUGGGAUGUUAAGGUUCUUGAUGGGCUAGGGUUUGAGGAUAUUGAGAAGUUGAUGGGGGUGCAACUAGAGGAAGAGAUGGCGAUUCCGGAUAGGCCAGUUAAAGGCGAAUUUCCUGAGGUUGAGUUUGAGCAUCCGGAUUGCGUGCUAGUUGUUUAUCCUAGUGGGAUUGGUGAAUUUGAUGUGGAUUAUAAGGGAUUGAGUUUGGUGAUUUCAGGGUUUUCGGAAUUGGAGUGGAAAGGGAGGGCUAAUAGGCUUAGUAAAGAGCAUGUUGUUUGGGACAUUAUAUAUAGGACUUCGGAGGCGGUUAAGAAGCCUUUUACAGGAGAUGAUAAGUUUGUGAAUGAUCCAUUUGUGAGUGCUGGGGUGGUGAGUGGAAGUGUAUAUAAGGAUAUUAGUUUGCAUGAAUUGGUAAGGAAGCGUAGGAGUGCAGUAGAUAUGGAUGGGAAGACUACAAUGGCGAAAGAGACAUUUUAUCAGAUUUUGCUGCAUUGUAUGCCUUCCGGUUCAGAAACUGGAGAUAAAGAAAGGAAGCAGUUGGCAUUGCCAUUUCGAGCUCUGCCGUGGGAAUCUGAAGUACAUGCUGCCUUGUUUGUUCAUAGGGUUGUUGGAUUGCCCAGUGGUUUGUACUUUUUGGUGAGAAAUGCAGAGCACUUUGAUGAUCUCAAAAGUGCUACUAGAUCAGAGUUUAAGUGGGAGAAACCAGAGGGUUGCCCAGACGGCUUGCCAUUAUAUGAACUUGCAAGAAUUGAUUGCCGGGAGUUGUCCAAACGCCUUUCUUGCCAUCAGGACAUUGCUAGUGAUGGCUGCUUCAGCCUAGGUAUGAUCGCUCAUUUUGAGCCUACAUUGCAGAACAAGGGUGUUUGGAUGUAUCCUCGGUUAUUCUGGGAGACUGGGAUUCUUGGCCAGGUUUUGUACCUUGAAGCACAUGCAGUUGGAAUCUCUGCUACUGGAAUAGGUUGCUUCUUUGAUGAUCCUGUGCAUGAGGUUCUCGGAUUAAGAGGUUCCGAUUACCAGAGCCUUUAUCAUUUCACAAUUGGAGGUCCUGUUAUUGAUAAGCGUAUAAUGAGCUUACCUGCAUAUCCAGGUCCUGAAGAUGAUCAAUAAUUAUCAAAAUGCAAGCUGUUGACACCGAAGAGAAUACGGAUUAUAGAGUAAAAUAGAGUUGAAUAUAAUUAGAUACUAAUCGGAAAACCUAUUGUCUGUCUGCUGUACAUGUAUGCAAUGAACAGCAUUGUAUAUCCGAAAUACUCAGAAAAAUUUACGUUCAGUGGAGUGAAUAUAAAUUGAAAUUAUAAUAUUUUUCUAUAUUUUUACAUAAUAA